GCAUGAAUUACUAUCAUCUAAUUCUAAUUCCAAUUCACAGCCACUUGCUGAUCAGAAUACUGUUCUAAAUCACAUGCAACUAUGCCGUACAUUGGAUUGGUUCACACCAGGAUGAAGGAGAAGCUCCCAAAAAAUCAUUCCAGUGGUUGCCUAUGUAAUUUAACCAGAGCAAUCAGUCAAUACAGGAAAAAGGAAAAUGGAGUGAUUGCAAUGGUUGGUGAGUGAUCUGCCAAUUGUUUCUCCAUUCAGUCUCCACGUGUACAUACAAAGUAUAAAGGAUAGGCAAUUGGGCAUAUAUCCCAAGUUUUGAAUCAUAUGCAAAGCUCAACCUGUCAAUCAUCUCUCUUAUGAAUGAAAACCUUUUUACAGCUGUGGCCACUUAGCAUUUAUGGUCCAAAGGGAAACGGAAAACAGAAACAGAGAACAAAAAGGCUCCCAACUUGUGAAUGGGGGCGUUCACGAGACCUCCCUGAAGUCUCUGCUUUGAAUUCAUCAUACGGCCUGAUCUCUUGGAAAUGAGCCGUGAAAGUCUCUUCCCUCUCUGCAUCUUCAUGAAUUUCGUUUGCAUGAUCGAAUCCCCAUAACAUGAAAUUUAUUUUUCUAUUAAAUGUCUCUAUGAACUAUGAUGGCAUCUCCUUUUCUUUUCCAAAGUAAGCAUCUUUUCAAAUGGAAACUGCUCUGUUGAUUAACUCGCUCUGUUUUCUUUUUUUUUUUCCCUCUCAAGAAUUCGGUAUGGUUUCCUUUCGUCCUUGUUUCGAUCGAUUCAUGAAAACCCAUCUUUCCUUUCAAUUUUUCUGCGGAAUCCAUGUUUUUGAAUCAGUUCAUGCACUUUCUAAAAUCAAUUCACACAUUCAGAAGGAAAACUCCUUUUGAUUGUUUGUUUUGACACGCACAAUAUCCUGCACAGCGACAAACACCCUCCCUACUAUAGCAAGUGCUAGAGAAAGAAGAGCCGCUUCAAAUGGCGGGUUCAUGUUUCCAUGCGUUUCGCCUUCGUAGAUCGAAUAGCAAACCGUUAACAAUUCCUUCCUCAUCGAAAACCCAGUUGAACUCUGACAUGGAGAACAUGGAGAAGAAGAGAUUUGACAGCUUGGAAUCAUGGUCAAUGAUAUUGGAGUCUGAGAAUAUGGAGGCCUGGGAGGCAUCAAAGGAGGAUCAAGACGAAUGGACUGCUGACCUUUCGCAGCUGUUUAUAGGUAACAAGUUUGCCUCUGGGGCACACAGUAGGAUUUAUCGUGGAAUAUAUAAGCAGAGAGCGGUUGCUGUGAAAAUGGUGAGAAUUCCAAAACAAAACGAGGAGACUCGAGCUUUGCUUGAGCAGCAAUUUAAAUCAGAAGUUGCUUUGCUUUCGCGUCUCUUUCAUCCCAACAUAGUGCAGUUCAUUGCAGCUUGUAAAAGGCCACCGGUGUACUGUAUCAUCACAGAAUACAUGUCACAAGGAACACUGAGGAUGUAUCUCAACAAGAAAGAGCCCUACUCUCUUUCGACAGAAACAAUACUGAGGUUAGCUCUCGAUAUAUCACGAGGAAUGGAGUAUCUUCAUUCACAAGGAGUGAUCCACAGAGAUCUCAAAUCAAAUAAUUUGCUUUUAAAUGAUGAAAUGCGGGUUAAGGUAGCAGAUUUUGGUACAUCUUGUCUAGAAACACAGUGCCGAGAAACCAAAGGAAACAAGGGAACUUACCGCUGGAUGGCGCCUGAGAUGAUCAAGGAAAAACCAUAUACUCGAAAAGUUGAUGUUUAUAGCUUUGGGAUUGUGUUAUGGGAGCUCACUACAGCUUUGCUUCCCUUUCAAGGAAUCACCCCUGUACAGGCUGCAUUUGCUGUGGCUGAGAAGAAUGAGCGGCCUCCAUUGCCAGCAAGUUGUCAGCCCGCACUUGCACACUUGAUAAAGCGUUGCUGGGCAGCAAACCCAUCUAAACGACCAGACUUCAGUUACAUAGUUUCUGCUUUGGAGAAGUAUGAUGAAUGUGUCAAAGAGGGCCUUCCUCUUACUUCACACCCAGGGCUUGUCAGCAGAAAUGUCAUCCUUGAACGGUUGAAAGGUUGUGUAUCCAUGAGCUCAUCUAUACCUGUACAUGCAUAGCUUCAUUGGAAGGUAUUGCUAUCUCUUGUAAGUCCAUAAGGUGAUUAACUUGUAUAUGAUGUUCUCUCAAUUUUCUUAGGUCAUGAUCUGCUAGUGGCAUGUCAAUAAGGUCAACAGGGUGCCGUUGGGUAGAACCCCACAUUGGAUUAGGCAAAUACAGCAAUUGUUAAGUUCGAUUUUUUUUGUAAGAAAUAGAAUGAAUGUGAAAAUCACAGGGAAAAGAAUGAAUAGGAUGCUGCAGUGAUAUUGAUAUUAAAUAUGAUAAGUGUCUUUGAACUCCUAAGUAGGAGGGAGCUUCAGAGUGGUUUAUCCAAGUUGUGCUGGUCGGUAUGCUAUAGGCCAUCCUCCUUGCAAUAGCUAGAAAAAACACCAAGUUAGAUUCUUCAAACCAAACCAGCUAUGGCGAUGUAUAAAAUGAAGGAUGUUGUUUCUAAUAUUUUACUAAUUAAGUUCAUACGUAAUUAUUCCUUUUC